AUGGGCAACAUGGCGACGGAGAUCGUGGCCUUCCUCCUCACCGUGUCCGGGUGGAUCCUGGUGUCGUCCACCCUGCCCACGGACUACUGGAAGGUGUCCUCUGUGGACGGGACGGUCAUCACCACGGCGACCUUCUGGUCCAACCUGUGGAAGACGUGCGUGACCGACUCCACGGGGGUCUCCAACUGCAAGGACUUCCCCUCGAUGCUGGCUCUGGACGCGUACAUCCAGGUGUGUCGGGGCCUGAUGAUCGCCGCCGUGUGCCUGGGCUUCUUCGGCGCCAUCCUGGCCCUGGUGGGGAUGAAGUGCACCAAGAUCGGCGGCUCGGAGACCGCCAAAGCUCGUCUGACCGUGCUGUCGGGCUUCCACUUCAUCCUCAGCGGCCUCUGCUGCAUGACCGCCUGCUCCAUAUACGCUCACAGGAUCACCACGGACUUCUUCGACCCCCUCUUCGUGGCGCAGAAGUUCGAGCUGGGAGCGGCUCUCUUCAUCGGCUGGGCCGGAUCGGUCCUCUGCAUCCUGGGCGGACUCGUCUUCUGCCUCUCGCUGUCCGAAAGCUUCGGCGGCAGGCAUUCCAGGGCGGGAUACUCCUACAGCGGCGCCGCGUCGUUCGUGACCGCGCACAACAAACCGAGCAAGAACGCCAACGGCCUGCGGAAGGAACCCGGAGAGCCGCCGAGACAGUUUGGACGAAACGCUUACGUGUGA